AGCGGCCCUCAGUCCGUGCUUUUCCGCGCCCGGAACGUGCCACAACCGCCGUCGGAUAACCAAGUGCAGUGUUAAAACUCCAAAAAGAAAUUACCCACGUUUUUUAAACCACCCACAAUUAACGAAAACAAUUUUCGUUAUCUCAACACCAUGUGACACUAAAUCAAAAUUGACAAAGUUAAAAAAAAAAAAACAAACUUUAUUCCAUUAGUAUUAUUAUGUGUUUAGUAUGGGAGAGCGGCGGCGAUAUGGCAUGAGCUUAGCACGCGACGCUCACCCAAAAUGGCUACGUUAGGGCUCUCAAAAGUCUUUAUAUUGGACAAGUACUUUACCGAGUUGCAAAAAUUCUGGGAGACGGAAAAGAAGCUGCAAGAUGCCUCUUCGUCGAACGAGGCCGUCCACCUCCAACAACGAUUGCGCAGCCUCAGCACCGAGUUGGUUACGUUACGGAACCGACUUCAUGUACAAGGAGGCGCCGCGACGCCUGCACCCAUCAAAGUACCGCCGGCAACAACCGCGACGUCGGUCGUUCCGCAAAAGGCGCCGUCGCUGCAACCAUCUGCUAUCACAACCACCGCCCAACAUACCCAACAUCACCAACCGGCCAUUCCUCCACGAUUAGCUGCGGUUAUUGCGAACCCCUCAACUAUUUUACCGACUAAUCAUCCGACAUCACAAUUAGCGUCCGUUGGAAACGCCGCAACGGUUAAUCUUGAAGAUCUCAUUCAUUUACAAGGACCUUUAACUGAAGACGCUGUUAUGAAAUGUCUUCAAGCGAGGUUUACAGCUGGAAAUUUUUAUGUAAGUAGAAAUAAUUAUAUAAAUUGGAUUACUUACUCAAUUAAAUCAAUUUCACAAAUGACA